AGACUGAAUUUGGGAAUAACGUUGUGAAAUGGUAUGCAUAAUUCUAAAGCUGCAGUUUUAUUUCCAAAUCAUUUUAACAUUUGCAAGUUGCAUCUAUUAAACCAGGACAUUCAUGUAUGAGGAAACUGAUAUCCGCAUUUGGAUCAACUGAACGAGACUUCAGCAAGAGUUUGGCGCAACUACAUCCACUGGUGAUGCCGGAGGUCACUUCCACCAGAAGCGAUAGGCUAACCAAAGGCAUUAUGUUUUUCUGCAACACCACAGCCAUCAAGGACUGGAGCUAUUUUCUCUCUCAAAUCUUGCCUCUUGUGAAUAAAUCAGCGGGAUUGGUUCACCAGAGUAUGGACCGGGUGGAAGCGGUGACGAGCACCAUGGUGACGGCUCUGGAGCCCGACCUGAGCGGCAUGAGCGCCAGUCACCCGCCGCUCAACUCCAAUCACACGUCCGGAAUGGAGCACGUCUUUCAAUACUCGUACUCCGAGAAUGACCUGCAGUACACAGACUACAGGACGCCGCCGAGGGACUCGAUACAGCUGCCCAAGGCUGUGCUGUACCUGGUUAUGGCCGCGCUGGUGGUGGUGGCCGUGGCGUACGCGAUCGUGGGGCACCUGGUGAAGGAUCUCGUGCAUGAGUUUGUGGAGUGGGUGUUUGGGCCCCGUUCAGACAACCGCAGGAGCAAGAGUGAGGUGAACUGCAUCAGCAGCAGCAUGAAUGAAAUGAGCGAACUCUCGCAUCCAGCGGACAUUCGCUGCAUCGUGUACAAUCACUCUGAUUGCCCGAGCGCCAUAAAGGCGGAAGAACUGGUGGUCACCAUCGAUGAGACCUCGCAACUACCUCGUGAAGCUUACAGUGGGACCUAACUGAGACCAAACUAUCACCGUUUGAUCCAGCCCUUUAUUAUGAGGAGAAAAGCAUGUUUGAUCAGCAUCUGUGAUGUUGAAAGCCGGCGUGUUGAAGUCACAUGGCGGAAGACUUAUCCUGGGAUGAAGAAAACUGAAGAAUCUGGGAGAUUUUAGAAGGAAUGGAAUCACUUUAAAGUACAUUAAAUGUUCCGUAUUGAGUGCUGUGAGACACUUUAUAUAUUUUCAAAUCGAAUAGAGAAAGAGAAAAGACACUUCUUUAUCAUUCAUACCAGUCUUGUCACAAUGUUUUUCUUGUUUUGUGGAGACAUGCACUGUGAAUCUAGAAUAGUGUUCUGCUGUUAUCCAUUUCCUACUCUACCUACAACCCGCUACGGUUUGAUUUUCCCACUUUUUGCAGAUAUUUAUGGCUGAGUACUUAUGGUAUUUGCAAAUACUCACAUUUGACUCAAUUUCAGGUUUUCUGCUAUCGACUAUGCUGCUUAAAAACAGAAAUGCUUAGAGAUCUUCUCCCU